AUGGAUGGAGCAACAUCUAGUGUUAACAUUAGAAAAAAGGAUUCAAAAAGAGUUUUGUCAUAUUUUUCUUUUGAACAAAACGAGAAUGACAGUGGAUUUAGUUUAGGAACACGAAACAAUGAGUCGGAGAUUUUGAAGUCAGCCAUCAACGAAGCUUACGGGAUGGACUUUGUAAACGCCAAGCGGGUCCUCAAGACCAAAUACAAGCGAAAAAACAAAGAUGGGCUUACCCUAGCGGAUCGGAUCCGGAUGAACCGUUACGGAAGCGGAUCUGCAGAUGGGGCGAAUGGCGAAAGGAACGACAGCGCGUUCGCUAGUGUGGAUAUAGCUGACUUUGCCAGUCUAGAGGAAAACGAACGACGUUCACCUACUCCUGAGCCAACCAUUUCACCCGCCCAAAAUCAACGCCAAUCUCCACCUAAAAAACAUUCACCAUCCCAACAAGAUAUGGACGACUCGCCUAGCACCAGAAAAAGGCUAACGAAACAAGGCUCUGGUCAUUCGCUGUCAGCAACACCACCCCUUCCACCCAUAAAAUCUAAUCAACCAAGAACAGAUUCAAGAAAUCGCCAUGAGUCGCCUCUUCCACAGGAAAGUCGCAGUAAACAGCGUGAACCUCUACCUCCUAUCCAACGACCACGUGAUCCUCAACAGGACGACGAUGAAGAAGACGAUGACCCAUCUCGUAGUCAGGUUUAUCCUCCCAGAGAUUCCCGACAUUUUGACCCUGACAUUGGCGUAGGGGUUCCUGUUGUUGGAAUGGAGCGAAGAAAAGAACGAUCUCGCACACCUCCAUCAAGAAGACGCCACGAAUCGAGAUCUAGAUCCAGAUCUCCAAAGCAUGAUAGAGUUUCAGUUGUAGUACAUUCCAAUCAAGUACAUCGACGACGAAGUCGAUCGGACUCCAGAAAAAGACAAAGAAGUCAAAGAAGUAGAUCAGAUUCAAGAAGAAGGCGAAGUCGCUCCGAUUCCAGAAAAAGACGAAGAAGUCGAUCGGACUCCAGAAAAAGACACAUGAUAGUGGUAAAUCAUGUUCACUCAGACAGACAACGAAGUAGAUCGGAUUCAAGGAAAAGAAAGCGCAGUCGCUCAGAUUCUCGCAAACGCAGAAGUCGUUCUAGAUCGCGUGGAAGACGAAGAAGCCGAUCAGAUUCUAAAAGACGACACAAAAGUCGUUCAAGUUCCAAAAACAGACCAAUUGUCGUGAAUGUUUCACCAACUCGCAAAUCUCGAUCCAGAUCUCGAAAAAGAAAAUCUCGGUCUCGUUCACGAGAUCACAGAGAUAAAAAAUCUCACUCUCGUUCUAAGUCACCUAAGCACAAACAUUCCAGGUCAAGGUCCCGAAAAAAGUCUCACUCUCGGAGUCGUAAGUCUCGUUCGUCCAGAUCAUCAUCGCCAGAAUUAAAUGUUAACAUCAAGCAGGGUGAAAGUAGGGGUCGCUCGAAAAGCAGAAAGAAAAACAGAUCCAAACAUAGAACUCCCUCAGAAAAAAGGAAGCAGGCAAAGCCUAGAAGAGAGUCUUCUGGGUCUAGCUCUCCUGAGGUCAACAAAAGUCGAAGUAAAAGUAGAGGACGCUCAAAGAAUAGAAAAGGGAAGCAGAAUAAAAAGAAAAAUCAUAGUCCAUCUGAUGAAGAUACUGAAUCUCGAUCAAGAAGUCCCAAAAAAAGAGAAAAAUCUAACCAAAAGAAAAAGAAGUCUAGUCCGGAGCCAUCUGAUGAUGAAGAUGAAGAAACGCCUCCACCAAGUCCAAAACCAAAGGAAAAAGAAGUAUCUAAAAAGAAAGCAAAACCAAAGAAAAAGAAACCAACUCCAGAACCAUCUGAUGACGAAGACGACAGUGAGGAGCCAGAAUCUCCACCUCAAAAACCGAAAAAUAAAAAGAAGAAACCUGCAUCUCCAAAACGAAAACCGAAAGAGAUUAAAUGGGAUCAUUCUUCUGAGUCAGAAAAAGAAAAUAAAACAGAAAAAGGAAAAUCAUUCAAAGUCCCGAAAGCAGCUGUUCCAACAAAGAGUAAACCGCCAGCACAGAAGGCAGAGAGUUCAGCAAAUGUCGAGGUUAAGGCUGGAUCUAAGCCCAAACCACCAGUUCCAGAAGACAGCGAUGACAGUGAUGAUAUUCCAGAUGUUCUGUCCAAUCCAGUACAGAGUAAAGCAGCUCCCCCGCCCGUCACCACUGCUCCCCCGAAAAGGGAGCCCAAACCGGAAACGCCUGUGCCAUACUUUGAUGACCCACCUAGGGCCCCAUCACAAGAGGAUCGAGAUCUACAGAGUGCUAUAGAACAGCUAGACAAGCUUACAGAUUAUGAUCUGAAAAAUUUGGCGGGAAAAGGAGAUAACUCACCAGCUCCACCUGUGGAUAAAACAGUUAUGAACAAGAUCAUGGGUAACGAAUUUCAGAAAAAUCUUGAUAGAUUUUUAUCAAGUUGAACACAGACGUGAUACAAAUUAGUUUCAUCAUUUCAGUCAAUACACUAAGCAGAUUUAGAAUUUCCGUUUAUAAUGCGCCACCUGUAUUAUGUGUUGGUAUAAAUAGGUAAAUCUCUUGAAAUGCACAAUUAGCUUGUCAGUAUUUUUAAAAAAUUUAUUUUGUGGUAUAUGUAGUCUUCCCUCGAUUUAGGAUUUAAAAUCGUUAGAAUUUUAUUAUUAUUAUUAUUAUAUAGGUUUUUGUCCUGGCUUCGGUUAAUAUGUAGUAAAAAAAUGUUUGCGUACAAUUUAGGACGUUACUAAUAAUUAGUACUAGUAUA